UGGCGCCAAGAAGCGAGCCUGAGGAGAGCCGCGUCUUAGGGGAGGGGGGCGCGCUCGCGCAAAGCCAUAGGAUCGGACGGCGACGCUGGCCAGGCUUUACUACUGCUGCUGCUGCUGCUGCUCUUCGGCGUGACAGACGCGGCGAAGUUCGACGCAAACGUGUUGCUCGCCGCCGCUGCCGCCGGCAGCCUCCACCUGCCAGCCCCUGUGGUUGUGGCUCCCGCCGCGCUGCCUUGCUGGAGCCCCGGCUGGCGCCAUUCCGCGAAGGUGGGCGUCACUUUGCCUGCCCUGAGGACCGAGGACACCCAGGCAAUAACUUCAAGCUGGCAUUGUGAAUACAGAUUCUGCUACAAGAAAAUAACACAGAGCCGGGAGUGUGAGACUGCGACAACCAUUCCCUUGUGUCAUGUCAUUGUCGGCUAUCACAGUGGCAGAAUCAGCCAGAUCGCUGAAGACAAAAAGUGUCCCUCUUCCUCUUGCUCUUUCAACUGCCACUGGCAUCCAAAGUGACCUUGCCUUGUAAAUAUUGUGGCAUCUCUUCGUGGCGAAGAAGUAACUUGGGAUGAAACUGAUAGGCAUCUUUAGAAACUCAAACCAAAUGAUGCCAUAAACCACAAUGCUCCUCCGCUAGUCUGAUGAAGAUUUAUAUCCAUAAUUUUCCAUCAAGAAAAAGGUGGAAAGAGAACUCUGCAGAGAUGAGCUCUUAAUUAAUGCACAGGGUCCCUGCGAGUCCCACCUCUCAACAGCAGUGAUUGACAUCCAAGGAUACAUAAAUUACACUAAUUGAGCUUUGCAUCUACGCAAUCUUUCCACAACCGACUCAUCAGAGGAGAAUUCCUCUGUGCCCCACCGGAAUACCUUUUGUCAUAAGCAGAAAACACAGAAAGUGUUCCAAACAGGAAGAGGUGGACUUAAAUUGAAUGUAGAUCAGAAUUUCAAGUAAUCUGACCUGAUGUGCAUACAGAAGGAAUGAAGCAUGGAUGUGAAAGAACGCAGACCUUAUUGCUCCCUGACAAAGGGCAGAAGAGACAAGGAACGGCGUUACACAAAUUCUUCAACAGAAAACGAUGAGUGCAGAGUUCCUACACAGAAGUCCUACAGCUCAAGUGAAACUUUGAAAGCUUUUGAUCAUGAUUCCUCCAGAUUGCUGUAUGGAAACCGGGUAAAAGACUUGGUCCACCGGGAGUCAGAUGAGUAUAGCAGACAAGGACAGAAUUUUACCCUAAGGCAGUUAGGAGUAUGUGAACCAGCAACCCGAAGAGGACUGGCAUUUUGUGCUGAAAUGGGGCUCCCCCACAGAGGUUACUCUAUCAGUGCAGGGUCAGAUGCUGAUACUGAAAAUGAAGGAGUGAUGUCUCCAGAGCAUGCCAUGAGACUUUGGGGCAGGGGGGUCAAAUCAGGCCGCAGUUCCUGUCUCUCAAGCCGUUCCAACUCAGCCCUCACUUUAACUGAUACUGAGCAUGAAAACAAGUCUGACAGUGAGAAUGGGACUGCUGCUCAGCCCACCCUAUGUUGGAACACUGAAUAUCAUGAUGAGGAUCUGAUCCUGAAUGGAGAUACUGAAUGCUACCAAAAUACAAGUCCUCCCAUGCCAUCCUCUUCAUCUAGUCAAUCCGUUAUUGAACAUUUACAUUCCCCUCCUCCAUCACCUAAUCUCCAUGACAACCAGAGAUGGUUGCUAAGUACUAGUGCUAUCCAGCCAGUUCAGGACUCUGACACUGAUGAGGACUAUACUGCCAGCUCUUAUCUAGUACAGACCGGUCCUGUUUCAGUUUUUGCCUCAGGUCAUGAGCAACCUCCAAAUAACCAAGGCCAGUCGACCCUGCAACCUUUGCCACCUUCUCACAAGCAGCAUUCAGCACAGCAUCACCCAUCUAUCACCUCCCUUAACAGAAACUCACUGACAAAUAGGAGGAACCAGAGUCCGGCCCCGCCGGCUGCUUUGCCCGCCGAGCUGCAAACCACACCCGAGUCGGUCCAGCUGCAGGACAGCUGGGUCCUUGGCAGUAAUGUGCCACUGGAAAGCAGGCAUUUCCUAUUCAAAACAGGAACAGGGACAACACCACUGUUCAGUACUGCGACACCGGGUUACACAAUGGCAUCCGGCUCGGUUUAUUCACCUCCGACACGGCCACUACCUAGGAACACCUUAUCAAGAAGUGCUUUUAAAUUUAAAAAGUCUUCAAAGUACUGUAGCUGGAAAUGUACAGCACUCUGUGCUGUAGGGGUCUCUGUGCUACUGGCAAUACUACUAUCUUACUUUAUAGCAAUGCAUCUAUUUGGCCUCAACUGGCAGUUACAGCAGACUGAAAAUGACACAUUUGAAAAUGGAAAAGUGAAUUCUGAUACUGUGCCAACACACACUGUGUCAUUGCCUUCUGGUGAAAAUGGAAAAUUAGGAGGAUUUGCACAAGAAAACAAUACUAUAGAUUCUGGAGAACUUGAUAUAGGCCGAAGAGCAACACAAGAGGUUCCUCCUGGGAUCUUCUGGAGGUCACAGGUCUUCAUUGAUCAGCCACAGUUUCUAAAAUUCAAUAUCUCCCUUCAGAAAGAUGCAUUGAUUGGAGUAUAUGGCCGAAAAGGCUUACCACCCUCGCAUACUCAAUAUGACUUUGUGGAACUUUUGGAUGGUAGCCGGUUGAUUGCAAAGGAACAGCGCAACCUUCUUGAGGCAGAGAGAGCAGGUAGACAGGCAAGGUCUGUCAGUCUUCAUGAAGCAGGUUUCAUCCAGUAUUUGGAUGCUGGGAUCUGGCAUCUGGCUUUUUAUAAUGAUGGGAAAAAUGCAGAACAAGUGUCUUUUAAUACAAUUGUCAUAGAGUCUGUGGUGGAAUGCCCCCGCAAUUGCCAUGGAAACGGAGAGUGUGUAUCAGGAUCAUGCCAUUGUUUUGCUGGAUUUCUGGGCCCUGAUUGUUCAAGAGCAGCCUGCCCAGUAUUGUGCAGUGGCAAUGGGCAGUACUCCAAAGGACGCUGUCUUUGCUACAGUGGCUGGAAAGGGACAGAGUGUGAUGUGCCUACCACCCAGUGCAUUGACCCUCAAUGCGGAGGUCGUGGGAUUUGCAUCAUGGGCUCUUGUGCCUGCAACUCUGGAUACAAAGGGGAAAACUGUGAGGAGGCUGAUUGUUUAGAUCCAGCCUGUUCAAAUCAUGGUGUGUGCAUCCAUGGAGAGUGCCAUUGUAAUCCAGGAUGGGGCGGUAACAACUGUGAAAUUCUGAAGACUAUGUGUCCAGACCAGUGCUCUGGCCAUGGCACGUAUCUUCAAGAAAGUGGCACAUGCACUUGUGACCCUAAUUGGACUGGUCCUGACUGUUCCAAUGAAAUCUGUUCUGUUGACUGUGGCACACAUGGCGUCUGCAUGGGUGGAACUUGUCGUUGUGAAGAAGGCUGGACUGGGCCAUCCUGCAGUCAGAGAGCAUGUCACCCUCGGUGUGCUGAACAUGGAACAUGUAAAGAUGGGAAGUGUGAAUGCAGCCAAGGCUGGAAUGGCGAGCACUGCACGAUUGCUCACUAUUUGGAUAAGAUAGUUAAAGAGGGAUGCCCUGGCUUGUGUAAUAGCAAUGGAAGAUGUACUCUGGACCAAAAUGGCUGGCAUUGUGUUUGUCAGCCAGGAUGGAGGGGAGCAGGAUGUGAUGUCGCCAUGGAAACUUUAUGUACUGAUAGCAAGGACAAUGAAGGAGAUGGAUUAAUUGACUGCAUGGAUCCUGACUGCUGUUUGCAGAGUUCCUGCCAAAACCAGCCCUACUGCCGUGGACUGCCGGACCCACAAGAUAUCAUUAGCCAAAGCCAGCAGUCACCAUCUCAACAAGCUGCCAAAUCCUUUUACGAUCGGAUAAGUUUUCUUAUAGGACCGGACAGCUCCCAUGUCAUUCCUGGGGAAAGCCCUUUCAAUAAAAGUCUUGCAUCUGUUAUAAGGGGCCAAGUAUUGACAGCAGAUGGAACACCACUCAUUGGAGUUAAUGUGUCGUUUUUACAUUAUCCAGAUUAUGGGUACACCAUCACUCGCCAAGAUGGAAUGUUUGACCUGGUGGCAAAUGGAGGCGCAUCUUUAACCCUAGUGUUCGAACGAUCACCAUUCCUUACUCAAUACCACACAGUUUGGAUUCCAUGGAACGUCUUCUAUGUCAUGGACACCCUGGUCAUGAAGAAGGAGGAGAAUGACAUUCCCAGCUGCGAUCUGAGUGGAUUUGUGAGACCAAAUCCUGUCAUUGUAUCAUCACCUCUUUCUACCUUGUUCAGGAUUUCCCCUGAGGACAGUCCUAUUAUUCCUGAGACGCAGGUACUACAUGAGGAGACCACAGUCCCAGGAACUGAUUUGAAAUUGUCUUAUUUAAGCUCCAGAGCUGCAGGGUAUAAAUCCGUUCUUAAGAUCACCAUGACGCAGUCAGUGAUACCAUUUAACUUAAUGAAGGUUCAUCUCAUGGUGGCAGUGGUGGGAAGACUUUUCCAAAAAUGGUUCCCUGCAUCCCCAAAUUUGGCUUACACAUUCAUAUGGGAUAAAACUGACGCGUAUAACCAAAAGGUCUAUGGUUUAUCUGAAGCUGUUGUAUCUGUAGGUUAUGAAUAUGAAUCUUGUUUGGAUCUAACACUGUGGGAAAAACGGACAGCUAUUUUACAAGGCUAUGAAUUGGAUGCCUCCAACAUGGGGGGCUGGACCCUAGAUAAGCACCACGUCCUGGAUGUUCAGAAUGGAAUCCUCUACAAAGGCAAUGGGGAAAAUCAGUUCAUCUCUCAGCAGCCACCAGUUGUCAGUAGUAUAAUGGGCAAUGGUCGACGACGUAGCAUUUCUUGCCCAAGUUGCAAUGGUCAAGCAGAUGGCAAUAAGCUUUUGGCUCCCGUUGCCUUAGCUUGUGGUAUUGAUGGAAGCCUGUACGUAGGGGAUUUUAACUAUGUUCGACGGAUAUUCCCAUCUGGAAAUGUAACAAGUGUUCUUGAACUAAGAAAUAAAGAUUUUAGACAUAGCAGUAACCCGGCUCAUAGAUACUACCUUGCAACUGACCCAGUCACAGGAGAAUUGUAUGUUUCUGACACCAACACACGAAGGAUUUACCGUCCAAAGUCACUCACUGGGGCAAAGGACUUGACAAAAAAUGCUGAAGUGGUAGCAGGAACUGGGGAGCAGUGCCUUCCAUUUGACGAAGCCAGAUGUGGUGAUGGUGGCAAGGCUGUAGAAGCGACACUCAUGAGCCCCAAAGGAGUGGCAGUAGACAAAAAUGGAUUAAUCUACUUUGUUGAUGGGACUAUGAUCAGGAAAGUGGACCAGAAUGGAAUAAUAUCAACAUUACUUGGCUCAAAUGAUCUGACUUCAGCUAGACCUUUAACAUGUGAUACCAGCAUGCACAUCAGUCAGGUGCGUCUGGAGUGGCCAACGGAUUUGGCUAUCAAUCCAAUGGAUAACUCCAUAUAUGUGUUAGAUAACAACGUAGUUCUUCAGAUUACUGAAAAUCGGCAAGUCCGUAUUGCUGCUGGGAGGCCAAUGCAUUGCCAAGUUCCUGGAGUGGAGUACACAGUGGGGAAACAUGCUGUACAGACUACUUUAGAAUCAGCCACAGCGAUUGCUGUAUCUUACAGUGGAGUGCUUUACAUUACAGAAACGGAUGAAAAAAAGAUUAACAGAAUAAGACAAGUCACAACUGAUGGAGAGAUCUCAUUAGUUGCUGGAAUACCCUCUGAGUGUGAUUGCAAAAAUGAUGUUAACUGUGACUGCUACCAAAAUGGUGAUGGUUAUGCUAAAGAUGCCAAACUUAAUGCCCCAUCUUCUUUAGCUGCAUCACCUGAUGGAACGUUGUACAUUGCUGAUCUUGGAAAUAUUCGGAUACGAGCCGUGUCAAAGAACAAACCGUUGCUGACUUCAAUGAAUUUUUAUGAAGUUGCCUCUCCAACCGAUCAGGAACUCUACAUCUUUGAUGUCAACGGCACCCAUCAGUACACGAUGAGUUUAGUCACAGGAGACUAUCUGUACAAUUUUAGCUACAGUAACGACAACGACAUCACGGCUGUAACUGACAGCAAUGGAAAUACCCUUCGUAUAAGGCGAGAUCCCAACCGGAUGCCAGUGAGGGUGGUAUCUCCUGACAACCAAGUUAUCUGGCUAACUAUAGGAACCAAUGGAUGUCUAAAAAGCAUGACGGCCCAAGGGCAGGAGCUAGUCUUAUUUACCUAUCAUGGCAACAGUGGACUCCUAGCAACAAAAAGCGAUGAGACUGGAUGGACAACUUUUUUUGACUACGACAGUGAGGGGCGAUUAACCAAUGUCACAUUUCCAACUGGAGUGGUCACCAACCUGCAUGGGGAGAUGGAAAAGGCCAUUACAGUCGACAUUGAAUCUUCUAGCAGAGAGGAAGAUGUCAGCAUUACUUCAAACCUAUCAUCAAUUGAUUCUUUCUAUACAAUGGUACAAGAUCAGUUAAGAAACAGCUACCAGAUUGGCUAUGAUGGGUCUCUCAGAAUUAUCUAUGCCAGUGGCCUGGAUACACACUACCAGACAGAACCACACGUUUUAGCUGGCACAGCCAAUCCAACUGUAGCAAAAAGAAAUAUGACUCUCCCUGGAGAAAAUGGACAGAAUUUGGUGGAGUGGAGGUUCCGAAAAGAACAAGCCCAAGGCAAAGUCAAUGUGUUUGGCCGAAAGCUCAGAGUUAAUGGUAGGAACCUCCUUUCUGUUGACUUUGAUCGGACCUCAAAGACAGAGAAGAUCUACGAUGACCAUCGUAAAUUUCUGUUGAGGAUUGCCUAUGACACAUCAGGACACCCAACCCUCUGGCUCCCAAGCAGCAAGCUGAUGGCUGUCAAUGUUACCUAUUCAUCUACAGGUCAAAUUGGCAGUAUCCAGCGAGGAACUACUAGUGAAAAAGUAGAUUAUGAUGGACAGGGAAGAAUUGUAUCUAGAGUAUUUGCUGAUGGCAAAACGUGGAGUUACACAUAUCUUGAAAAGUCUAUGGUCCUCUUGCUGCAUAGUCAACGGCAGUACAUCUUUGAAUACGACUUACUGGAUCGGCUUUCUGCAAUAACCAUGCCUAGUGUUGCUCGCCAUACUAUGCAGACUAUCCGUUCCAUUGGCUAUUAUCGAAACAUCUACAAUCCCCCUGAAAGCAAUGCUUCUGUCAUCAUGGACUACAAUGAGGAAGGGCAGCUGCUACAAACGGCUUUCUUGGGUACAAGUCGAAGAGUCCUUUUCAAAUACAGAAGGCAGACCAGGCUCUCUGAAAUCCUCUAUGAUAGCACAAGAGUCAGUUUUACUUAUGAUGAGACAGCAGGAGUUCUGAAAACAGUAAACCUCCAGAGCGAUGGGUUUAUCUGCACCAUUAGGUACAGGCAAAUUGGCCCAUUGAUUGACAGGCAGAUUUUCCGCUUUAGUGAAGAUGGAAUGGUAAAUGCCCGAUUUGACUACAGCUAUGACAAUAGCUUCAGAGUGACUAGCAUGCAAGGUGUAAUCAAUGAAACUCCAUUGCCUAUUGAUCUUUACCAGUUUGAUGACAUCUCUGGAAAAGUUGAGCAGUUUGGAAAAUUUGGGGUUAUAUAUUAUGACAUUAACCAGAUAAUUUCCACAGCUGUAAUGACUUACACAAAACACUUUGAUGCCCACGGCCGCAUAAAAGAAAUUCAGUAUGAAAUAUUCAGAUCCCUUAUGUACUGGAUUACAAUUCAGUAUGAUAACAUGGGACGGGUAACUAAAAGAGAAAUUAAAAUAGGGCCAUUUGCUAACACAACCAAGUAUGCGUAUGAAUAUGAUGUCGAUGGGCAACUACAGACAGUUUACCUGAACGAAAAAAUAAUGUGGCGAUACAACUAUGACCUGAACGGCAAUCUCCAUCUGCUCAAUCCAAGUAAUAGUGCUCGUUUAACACCACUUCGGUAUGACUUGAGAGACAGAAUCACCCGGCUAGGUGAUGUACAGUACCGUUUAGAUGAAGAUGGAUUCCUGCGGCAGAGGGGUACAGAGAUAUUUGAAUACAGCUCAAAGGGCCUGCUGACCAGAGUUUAUAGCAAAGGCAGUGGGUGGACAGUGAUAUACCGUUACGAUGGGCUUGGGAGACGAGUUUCCAGUAAAACCAGUCUGGGACAACACCUCCAGUUUUUUUAUGCUGACCUCACAUAUCCUACAAGGAUAACUCAUGUAUACAACCAUUCAAGUUCUGAAAUCACCUCUCUCUACUAUGACUUGCAAGGACACCUCUUUGCCAUGGAGAUCAGCAGUGGAGAUGAGUUCUACAUCGCUUCGGACAACACGGGCACGCCACUCGCUGUUUUUAGCAGCAAUGGUCUGAUGUUGAAGCAGAUCCAGUACACAGCUUACGGCGAGAUCUAUUUUGACUCCAAUCUUGACUUCCAGUUGGUGAUUGGAUUCCAUGGAGGCCUUUAUGACCCUUUGACCAAACUGAUUCACUUUGGGCAAAGAGAUUAUGACAUACUGGCAGGCCGGUGGACUACACCCGACAUUGAAAUCUGGAAAAAAAUAGGGAAGGAUCCAGCUCCUUUUAAUCUAUACAUGUUCCGAAAUAACAACCCAGCCAGCAGAAUACAUGAUGUGAAAGAUUAUAUCACAGAUGUCAACAGCUGGCUGGUAACGUUUGGCUUCCACCUGCAUAAUGCUAUCCCAGGAUUCCCUGUGCCCAAGUUUGAUUUAACAGAGCCCUCCUAUGAACUUGUGAAGAGUCAGCAGUGGGAUGAUGUACCGCCAAUUUCUGGAGUGCAACAACAAGUGGCAAGGCAAGCAAAGGCUUUCCUGUCCCUAGGAAAGAUGGCAGAAGUCCAGAUCAGCAAGCGCAGACCCGGCGGCGAGAAAUCGUGGUUGUGGUUCGCAACUGUGAAGUCUUUGAUUGGGAAAGGGGUUAUGCUGGCUGUCAAUCAAGGCAAAGUGCAGACUAAUGUGCUUAACAUUGCAAACGAGGAUUGUAUCAAAGUGGCAGCUGUUCUGAACAAUGCAUACUACCUAGAAAACCUGCAUUUCACCAUUGAAGGAAAGGACACACACUAUUUCAUCAAGACCACCUCGCCAGAGAGUGACCUGGGCACGCUGAGACUGACUAGCGGACGAAAGGCCCUAGAAAAUGGUAUCAACGUCACUGUUUCCCAGUCUACCACUGUAGUGAACGGCAGGACUCGUAGGUUUGCCGAUGUUGAAAUGCAGUAUGGUGCACUGGCUCUUCAUGUCCGCUACGGCAUGACACUUGAUGAGGAGAAGGCACGGAUAUUAGAGCAGGCUAGGCAAAGGGCUCUUUCCAAUGCCUGGGCCAGAGAACAACAAAGAGUGAGAGAUGGAGAGGAAGGUGCCAGGUUAUGGACAGAAGGGGAAAAGAGGCAACUGUUGAGUGCUGGAAAAGUCCAAGGAUAUGAUGGGUACUAUGUACUCUCCGUGGAGCAAUACCCCGAAUUAGCAGACAGCGCCAACAAUAUACAGUUCCUUAGGCAAAGUGAGAUUGGAAAGAGGUAACACACUGGUUGAGCCUGGGCUGCCAAAGAGACUGACCCUGUACCAGUGUCUUCUGAGAGGGAGACCAAAUUGUUUUGCUGCAUUACUACUUGAGCCUAAAUGUACACCUUUGCUCAGAUUUUUCUGUAGCACAAUCCCAAUAAGACUCUACAACAAAGAGAGAGCCUUCCAGAAGAAUGAUAUUGCUAAAAAGAAAAACUGGGAGUUGUUUUUCCCUACUCUGAAUGACCUUAAAGGUGAUCUGCUUUAAAGAAUAUGUUUACAUAUGCAUAUCGCUGCACUCGAGUUGGACUGAAAGUAUUACAAGGAAGACCUAAAGGGUUUGCAACAAGCUGCCUAUUCUUUUGAGGCACUGUCUUUUAACUAAGAAACAGAUCCAUACAGUGUUUCCAAAUAUUACUAAAUUGUUGACCUUUGCUUACAAGAAACUAGUCUCUCUCUCCUCCUCUCUCUCUUGCUCUCUUCCUCUCUCUGCAUAGGAUGUGGUAUAUAUCUUUGUUCAUUUUAAAAUGUGGGGCAAAAACUCUUGUUUAUGGACACCCCAAUGGCUUUAAACUGUGCUUCUUUCUAAAAGGACAUUGGCACAAGCAAUUUAUGCUACAAUGGGAAUUUAAUAAUGGAUUUUACAAUGAUAACGUGGUUUGCCUUGGGUGGGGUGGGGGAAUGGCAAGUAGAAUCCUUGUCACAGAGCAGCAAAGGAAACCUUGAUUUUUUUUGUAAAUUAUGUGAGACAAGUUGUUUAUGGAUUUUUAUAUGAAUUACAAUUUACUGUACAUCAAAUAUUAGUCUCAGAGGAGUUAAUUUAUGUAAAGUGUUUAAAAAAGGUUUAUACUUAAAAUAAAAUGAUAAAAAUG